UGCCUGUGGGAUGGCUCAAAAGUGUUCGGAUCUGGAACUAAACUCAUUGUAACAGGCGAAAGUGUUCGCAGGCCAGAUGUGAUUCCUUAUCCACCAUCCAAGGAAAACAAUGGGAAGAAAACCUUGGUGUGUCUCGCCAGAGACAUGUUUCCAAAAGUACUCAAAUUCAAGUGGGACGUGGAGGCUAGCGACGGCACGAAGACCCCCGUUAAGGACAGUGUGGGACAAGUGGAACAGCAGGGGGAGAACUACAUCGCCAGUAUGAUGACAAUAGAUGCAAGCAAGGUGGAAAAGAAUAACUACUUUUGUUCUGUGGAGCACGAAGCUAUUGCGACGGGGGAUGCCACUCAAAAAAAAAUACCGAAAGAGAAGGUUCCUGACGCUGCACCGAAGUCCAAAUGUCCGCCGCUCACGAAUGGUACAGACCCAGCUCCGAUACUCAAGAUCAUAGAGGGAUCCUUUGAGCAAACUCGGAGCCUGUACCUAGCGACGCUCACGUACACCUUGAUGAUACUGAAGGGCGUGGCUUACCUCAGCGUGGUGUCCGUCGUAACGUACAGGAGGACCAGCGGUAGCGGCCCUGUAUUCUGAUUUCAGAUCACUGAUAAUUCAACUAUAUUGUGAACUUAAAGCCUUCAUUCAUUGUACGCAAUAUGUAAAUGUCCUUGAUGUACUCAAAAGCGUAUAAUUUUGGUCUUUUUCACUAUUUGCCACUGCACUGAACUUAUAUCAUGCAUAGCUCGAAGCAGUGGGUCGUGGAAUCUGUGUAAUGAGAUGAACAUAAUGAUGACUUUUUCCAGCACGUGAAAGCAAAUAACAUGUUUUAUCUUAGAUAUCCACAAUCUCAGAAAUGUCAUGUACGCAUGCAUGUGCGAGCUUACAGACUGAAGAAUAGACGUGCAUGUGACAGAGAUGCAGUUCUGCUCAGCUAUGGGGUCAUUUGCUCUGGGUCACGGUCACGGUAGACUGGUCCUACUGACCACCGAAUGAUUUCACCGAUGAUUGUUUGCGCCCAAUAUUCAGAUGAGCCAUCUACAGACAGCUGAUUCAGAUGUGUAAAAAGACCUUAUUAUUCAGAAAAGU